GUUUGUUUGAAUGAACCGAAGUAGAAUGUAAUGGCGAGGUCCGCCAUCAGUAUUCUUUUUUAAACCCCUGGUGCACACCCAACUGACUGGAAAAGAUGGAAUCCGUCGCUGCGCAUAAGGAUGAAGUUACUCCUGUUGAGUCAAAAAUUGACGACUUGAAGCGAAAGUCUGUCGAUGCAAAAGACGUUGCGGACCAUGACGCUAAGAAUGGCAGUGACGAGCCAGUUAUCAAGAAAGUCAGGAAAGAUGGCAAAGAGGCUGGGGAUAAUGUUAUUGACGACAAGGUUCACAGCCCAACUUCAGAGAGGCAUGCGGAGGGUGAGUCGGAUGAGGAUGGCACUGAAGAUGACGCCUCCCAAGACACUAAAGGAACUAAUGGAACAGGCGAACAUGUAAACGGAAGUAAUGGAGAACAUGUAAAUGAACACCACGAUGAAAAAUCAGAUGAUGAGUCCGAAUCAGAGUCGGAAAAGGGAGAUGAAGCACCUUCAGUCGAGAAGGAGUCGAACGGAGAGACCAGCGAGUAACUACGGCAUUUCUGUGCACUCCAGGCAUUUAUGUCUUUUUAUAACGUUUUACCGAUUUUUAUCCUAACCCGGCAGCUUUUGCACAAUUUUACUACCCACCUAUAUCUAAUAUAACAGAUGCUCGGACUCUUUCUUUUUUCAUUGGAAUGAAUUCGUCUAACAGUUGGGAUUAAUGUUGUAACUUUUGUUCCUUUUGGAUUACACUGUAGGCGGAUUGUUUCAUGCAAUAUAUGUAUAUUCAGCC